AUGUUGACCUCCACUUCCACCAACCCAGCUAUCCAAGCCUACAAAGUCUACCACCUCUCUCAAGCCAAACUCGACGUUGAAUGCCGUCGUCAAAUACCUGAUCUUCACCGGAUUGUAGCCCACGCCUCCAUCGUCGACAGCGUUCGCCGUUGGUCUCGUGAUCUCGCCGAACCCACCGAAAUCGUCCCGGUAGACCCGGAUUCUGAUGCCGAUAGUGAUCCUUUGGAAGACUGUCAUCCCGAAGAUGAAUCCGGGAAACCUGUCCGCCAAGUAGUCCUCUUUGACGCGGAUGUCGAUGACGCUGCCCAAUUCCAUGAGAUCCGGGCCGGCUCCAAGGUCAUGGAAAUCCACACGACCCUCGUCCAGUCCAACGAGAAAUCCAACCUUAUUCCCAGCCCGCAACGACGACCUCCUCCCCCUCCACCAAAGGCGUCUACAUAUGACCUCAAGGAUCAAAGCUGGAGACAAACUCGACCUGUUGUGGUCCGGGAAACUGCGGUUGAAGUCACCGAAGAGGAUUCAUGA